AGUUAUUGACCCAAGGAGUAUAGUAUAGUAUGCCUCAAAGCAAAUCGGAGCGCCCUCAUAAACGUGCAAAACCUGAGCAAACCUCGCGGAAGGCGUAUAAAUUCUCAAAUGCGAUCGAUGUCAGACGCGCUCUGCAGAAUCAAGACCAGAAUGCUCAAAUAGAAGCCCUGUCUGCAUUGCGCUCGACUCUGUCCAUCAAGUCAGGAGAGACUGUUGCUCCUCAAGAUGAAAGGCUCGCACUUGUUGUGCAAUGGAUGGAGAGUUCCUCAGGUGCUCAUGAUAUUUUUGAGAUAUGGGAGGGUAUGAAUCAAUCGUCCAGUCUAUCACUCCUCGUGUCUCUGCUAUCCUCUGUCCUUGCUCUGCUGUCCUCUCAUUUCCCAUACCACUCGCACGGCAUUCCAAUUAUCAAAACGCUCUUGUCGCCAAAAUGGAUGCGCAAAAUUACAUCUUAUCUCUCUGGUUCCAACGAGCUUAUUCUCGUUUCGUUGAAACUGUUGAAUAGUAUCUCUCACUUCGGAGGUGGGAGGGAACGGAAGACACUUUUUGAAGCGUUUCCAUGGGACACGAAGACGUUGGCAAAAGUAUCGCAUAUGAGGAGGAAAGGGAAAGGAGACACAGAGGAUGCGCUCGCAAGACCUGACAUCCGCACUUAUUACUUCUUCUUUAUUCUCUCCUUCAUCGAUCCCGAAACUUCCUCACUGGUGAAAUCGACUUUCCUCGAGCAACAGAGAGACAUAUUCCUGUCUAUUUUCAAAGGUCUUUCUCAAGAUUCGUAUCUGGUAAGUCCUUGAAGUGUGCUCGGUUGGGCUGUGGUCUGAUCCAAAAGUGAAACGGACCAUGAAAAUUGGACAUGUGAGUGAUACUUGGCAUGGAAAGGAAGUAAUUAAUGUAUGGAAUAGCUCUUAAAAUUGUACGAGCGCGC